GUCUCCCAUGUUUGCUUUUCAGCUUAUCAGCCGCAUUGUAGCUGCACCUUGGCAACUACUGCGCGCUAUUCUCAGGCUCGACGGGGCACAGGAGACUCCGUCGGCCCGCGCCAAGGCGCGCUCCAAGUCAAAAGCUAGUAGCUCAGUGGCUGGUACUAACACAGUUCCUGCGAAACCUAAGCCUAAGCCGAAAAUGUCCGACGCUGCCAAGCCGGCCGAUGGAAGCAAGGGCGAGCUGUCUUACCACUACUGGCAUGGGAAGGGUGGCGGCAAUGCCCCCGUGCCGGAGCCCAAGAAACUGACUGAGGAGGAGAAGGCCGAGCUGGAGCGGCAGGCGGCCAGCAACGGCGCGUCAGCAUGGAACGCGGCGGGCACGUUUGAGGAGCGCAACGCCACCUCCUGGGCCAAGGGGCGGCUGGGCGAGCUGGUCAAGGGGCUGGAGGGGCUGGCGGGCGGCGACGUGUCGGUGCUGGACCUCAACAGCUGCGAGGGCGAGGCAAACAUCUUCCUGGUGCGGGGGAAAAAGAGGUGCGGGUUUGACUUCGAGUUGCAGCUUGCAUGGAAGGCGCUUCCCGCGCCCGGUGCCAUCGAAAUCCGCGGGCAUUGCAAGGUGCUCAACUUCUGCUCUGACGACCCAGACGAACUGGAGGUGGUGCCGGAGGUGGGACACAAGCAGCCGGAGCGGGCGGCAGACGAGGCGGCGGCGGUGAAGAAGGUGAAGGCGGCGCUCACGCCCGCGCUGUGCAAGGUGCUGACGCAGCUGUUGGAGGAGCUCAAGGCUAAGUAGCUUCAGAACUAGCUGGCUGGCCAGCUGUAAUUGUUGUUGGUGGUAAUGGAGCAUGAGGAGCUAGCUAGGCUCGGGUGAGGGGAAGGAUUGUAGGAGUGGUCGUCCCAGGGUGGUGGCGCUGGGUGUGAGCAGGGACCGACGGGGUGAAUCGGAGCGCCGGAUGACACGAGUCACACGAUUGCGGGGCGGGGCGCGACCGCCUAAGUGUUGAGAACCCGGAGCCAAGGAGGCCAAGUCAGGAAACCGCGCAAGCAAGGAAACGCAGUGCUGGUGAAGGACUGCGGUGUGGGACCUCGGUAUCGCUCAGGGUCGUCUCGCUGGUGCAGGUAGUGCAUGCGUGUGGGCUGCGGCGUCUCGCCGCCGCCGGUGCGUGUGUGUGGACAGGGUGCUUGCGAGGGGCAAGUGGCGGGCGGGACUGUGGUCGGCUUCGGGACGCCCGGGACGAGCCAUCCUGUGCACAUGCUGCUGCUACUGUAGACGCUUGGCAUGGGGGACAUGGGCUUGCUUGUACAUCCGAGCUCGGCGGUGCAACUAGAGGUUGAGUGGAGGACUGGAGGUACAGGGCGCGGGAAUGCGAGGACAUCUGGCUGGCCAGGCUAAGGUAGAUAAGAAGCUUGCUGAUUGAAAUGGCUGCAGGCUAUGGUGUGAGGCGAGCUCACGGCUACUGCAGCGGUGUGAGACACGCGGAAUGCGCGUGUAAACCAUAUGCUGC